AUGAGUGACCCGAAGGGCAAAGCGUUGGCCGCAGUCACCACUCAAUUGGCGGCCAACAGAUCCAAAGCCAUCGCUUCGCCACUCACUCCGGGAUUGUCUCACACAUCGCAUCCACACAACUGUCACACUCUGACCAGACGUGCCGUCAAACAGGCGUUACUUCAACAGCAAAGGCGCCGAAGAAGAAACACUAACACCACUGGUUUCGCCGCCACCGCAGCCGCAGCCGUCCCCUCAGCAGUCACUCGACAGCAGUCAACCAUCGGUUCCGCCAUUUCUGGCAAAACAAGUGUUGUUAACAACAAAACAGUGACGAGUAUUGCCGUCAAUGGUAUGAAAGAGAAGGCGUUUGUGAACGAUAUGAAGGACGAAACGGCCAGAAAUAACUACAUCUCAAGCGUUGACUCUCAGGUGAAUAAACUGCUGGAAGGCGUCAAACCCAAGAGAAGUCGAGGCAAAGCGAAGUGCAGUCAAUCCUCACAAAUGGCUGAACUACGGGAGGGACGGCUCGACCUCUCGUCGCCCGACUCUAUACUGGUUCACACGAAUCUGAGAGCGCUUUUGAAUAAACAGACGUUUAUGUCUUUACCGCACUAUUAUCAGUACAAAUUGGUUCAAAUGCUACCCAAGUUUGAUCAGGUGUUGACACCCGACGGUUGGAUUAAACCGAGUUCGUCGGCGCUCAGCAACGAGUUCUUCGCCAAAUCGUGUCAGUCAUGGCUCGAAAGGCUUUCCGAUUCCAAACUCACCGUUGAGUCCAUUCAGAGAAGGAAAGUAGACGUCGAGAAAGAGAAGAGCAAAUUAGAUCCGUUUAAACUGAAGAACUUUGAGCCCAUUUGGGGCCAAACGCUGGAAUCGCAACGCGACGUCGCCAACGAGUUCGAGCGGAUCCCCAAAUCCAGACCAAAGGCAUCCAAUGUCUGUCAUUCACAACUAGAAUCCGUCCGAAAAGUUCGUAAAAAUAAGUUAUUAUCCGUUAAAAAGUUUAAAUCAAACAAAAAAGUGAAACAAACUGUCGAAAAGUCAUCAAUCGAUUCAACGGCAAGUGAUUUACCGAAUGAGACAACUGUUGUCACGUCUGGCAGUGAAGAAGUGAUGGAAACAAAUGUCACGACAGAAACCAUUGAACAGAACAUCGCCGUCGAGGAGACGAUUGGCGUUCAAAACGAUUGCAUUGAAAGCAAUGCAACAGAAGCUGAAGCCGUUGUCAUCGUUAACAAUGUUAGCAGUGAAUCGGAACCAUUGGCUGCGGUCAGCGAUAGUACAACAUGUAAACCAAACGCAGUGGUCGUUGUCUCGGAUCCGUCGGCAACGCAGACCUCUAACACUAUCACCGCUUCCACUAAAAGUGUUAAUAAAACCGAUAUAAUAGUGAAAGAGUCUGAGAACGAGUCGAAAGCGAAACGAUUGUCUCGUAAGCGAAACGCGACCGCAAUUGUCAACAAAGACGGUGUGGACGAAGAGCGCUCUUUCCUCAUCUGCAGACGCGCUCUCGAGUCCAGUCCUAACAAUAAGUUCUUCUAUGUCUCGCGCUGUCGACGAAUACAUACAGUGGACGGCCCUUCCGUUGUCGUCAAUGAUCCCAAGACUGACAACAAACUCGAGAAACGCAGUGAUAAUAACGCACCAAAUGUUGAACCGAAGACCACCACCGAUACCGACACCAACUCAUGCGUGCCUUCAAGUGAUUCGGUUGUUAGUAGUGUUUGUCCGACCAUUAGUGACACUAAAUGUACCUCAACUACCAUUAGUACAAUACAAUGGGCGCCGUCUGUGCAGCACUCCAUUAACGAUGGCUCGGAUCAGAUUAACACUAAAGAGAGGUCCGAUAGAGCGAGGAAUGAAUGCUUAGAUGUCUUCGACGACAACGCGUGUGACAAACAGUCCAAACUAUACUCAAGUCUAACCAAAAAUUGUGACGUGAAAGAGGACACCAAAACCAAAGUGAUUAAAGUCCAGUUGCCUUCAGGUGUGAGCGAAAGACUGUCACCAAAACACCUGAAUGACCCCCAACUGGUCUCUCAAAGCCCUAUAAAUAAGCCGACGAAUUGUGUGAAGACCACAACCGUAACAAAAGUGAUUCCGAUUAAUACUGAAGCCCUUCAGCGUCUGAAAGCGAUGGUGGCGUCGACCAUAUCCCAAGAGAUGAGCUCUUCGAUGACUAUCACUCCUUCCACUAGUGUGAUUCGCGCGAAACCAUUGGAAACUCGUCGACGAGUGAAUGCGCCGACGAAGAGUCAGAUCCCGUCGGAGAUACUCGACAACAAGCUAUUGAAUGAGAGGAUCAGUUCAACGCUUCCCAAGAAUUAUAACUUUGAAUUUCAUAAAAUCAUUUGGAGAUUGAAGUCAUCGGCGGCUCAAAGGGUUGGCCUUCAGUUCCCCGAAGGACUCUUCGUCUUCGCCAUCACUAUCGCAGAUAUCAUCGAAGAGUUC